UUGGAAGUCUUCAAUGUUUGAAGAUGAAAACAGUCCGUAGAAAUUGAAACUAUAAAAAGAAUUUUUAAGAAAUUUACAAAUAGAAAUAGAAAUACUUCUAGAAUGUCGCUUACAGAGGCAGAUUUAUCGAAAAUGAAGGUGGCUGAACUGAAGGCAGAAUUGAAAAAACUUGGCCUGUCGACAUCUGGACAGAAAACGGAACUUGUAAAUCGGCUGAAUGAGGCAUUGCAAGCAGCUGGUGAGGAAGACAUCGGUGUUGAAGAUGAGGGAGAUGAAGUUUUGCAAGAUGAAGAGGAAAUAAUUUUAUCAGAGGACCAGGGCACAGCAAUUCAAAGCCAGUCAAAAGUGGCUGACACUGAAGAAGAUGUUGAGGAUGAUGCACAGACAGAAGAGGCAGAAAACAAGAAACCGGAGACCAAAGUAGUCGUGACUAGUUUGUCAGAGGAAGAUAGGUUGAAGAAGAGAGCAGAAAGAUUUGGAGCAACAAAUGAUGAUCUGAAAAAGAAGACUAGAGCUGAAAGGUUUGGACUGCCUGUUCCACCGAGUAAUGGAAAAAUCACAUCCGAUGUUGCAACAGAUGUUACCAAACUGAAGCAGCGGGCCGAGAGAUUCGGAACAGUUGUAGCACCUGUCCUGUCCAAGGUGGCAAAUUCUGACAAAUUGAAGGAGAGAGCAGAAAGAUUUGGAGCGGUGGUUGCACCUGGAUUGUCCAAGUCCGUCGAACAGGAACGUCUUCUAAAGAGGAAAGAACGAUUUGGGGUCAGUGUGGGGACAGUUUCAUCAGAUGGUAACCUGGAGGCCAAGAAACAAAAGAGGGCUGAGAGAUUUGGACUGACAUAGCCAUUUUUUAUGCGUAACCAUAUUCAUGAGAAGACAGAGCCACUGCAUCAGUACCGUUAACAGACAAUGGAGCGAGAUUUAAUGGCUGCUAAUCAUACCAUGAUUUUAUAGAACAUUCAAAGGGGAAAUCUCAUUAUUCAACAUCAUCUUUCCAUUUUAUUUUAUUUUUUGUGAAGUGACUUUUGUCAUACUGAUAUGAAAACUAUAAGAACCCGAACCGAACUCUCCAGACUUGAACUUUGAACUCUGCUUAUUAUAUAUGUAUAUCAAUUCUUCACAGAAUUAAUUUCAAAAUGAAAAUGUUCAUAAUACAUAUAUACGCCGGUUUCGAGAUGCGUCCAAGGUACUUCCCUUUGGAGAACUCUAGUGCAUGGUAAGGCGCGAAACAAUUUGUUUACAUGCGGGAGUGGGACAAAUAUUCAUCACUCCGUGAACGUACUCAGUAAAUUUCUCAUACGCUGUUUGGUCACCUGAAUUCAACUGAUAAACAAACUAAGUAAGUAAAAUGUGUUUAGGAAGUAAUUAAAUACAUGGAAUUCUUAUCAUACCACUGAUUCCGUUGGUCUUAAGUACCAUAUCUAAGACAUUUGCAAAUAUGACAUUGUUUUUAUGUUUCCACUUUAGUAAAACAUUUCUUUCGAUAGCAUUUUGUAUUCCUCAUAUUUACAUAUUUAAAGAGAAGUCCACUUUUGAUACAUUUCAUUGUCUUCCUAUCUGACUGUAGGUCCACUCUGUCCCACUUUGGCAUUCAAAUCCCACUAAAUGCACCUCCUACACAGAAGAGUUUGUAUUUCAAAACUGGCGUAUUGAUUGUGUAGUAAUUGUACAUAAAACUCCUUACAACACGAACGCAGAACUGUCCAUUUUCAGUGGUAUUUGUCAUACAAUUGUGUCGUUAUGAUUUUGAUUCUGGUGUUCAAAUGUGACAUUUUACCUCAUUAGUUUUAUGGAAAUAAAGAAAUUUGAUUAUGAUGUGUAAAAGAC